AUGCUGCAGAAAAAACGAGAGCUCCUCGACGAUUCGUCUGACGAGGACUCCAUCCCUCUCUCAAAACGGUUUAAAAAGUCUAAGACGGAAGCAGCAGCAGCAGCAGCACCUGCUGCUGCUGCUGCUGCUGCUGCUGCUGCUAAGGAAGCCCCUGCAGCAGAGGGGAGUGUAUCUGUUAAGAAUGAAAGCAGCAGCAGCAGCAGCAGCAGCAGCAGCAAGGAGGGCAGCAGCAGCAACGGGGGCACAGGAUCUGCGAAGCCCUCGCCAGCAGCAACAACAGCAGCAGCAGCAGCAGCAACAACAGCAGCAGCAGCAGCAGCAACAACAGCAGCAGCAGCAACAGCAGUAGCAGCAGUGGGGGGUUCUCUUGCUGCUGCUCUGCGCAGCGUGAAGGCGGAGGGCUCUUCGGCUUCGCCAGCAGCAGCAGCAACAGCAGCAGCAGCAACAGCAGCAACUGCAGCAGCAGCAGCAGCAGAAGCAGCAAAUAAAGCAGCAGCAAGACCCUCAGCUUCUCCUUCUCCUGCGGGAAUUCGCAGAAGAAAUAAAUACACUAAAACAGAGGAAAACUUUGAGCCCAUUUCGAGGUGGUGGGAAAAGGAUUUGUCCCAGCUCGAAAAUAAUGUCGUACAGUGGCAGUACCUGGAGCACCACGGCUUGAUGUUUUCUCCUCCUUACGAACCCCACGGGGUUUGCAUUCGCUAUAAAGGAGAAUUAGUUUCUUUGCCUCCCGAAGCCGAAGAAGUGGCCAACUUCUGGUGCGGGGUGUUGGAGAGCGACUACGCCACGAAGAUAAGAUUUGUGCGGAACUUCUGGCGAGCUUUUCUUUCCAAAUUACCUGAAGACCAUUUAAUAAAAAAAGAUCCAAAACACGCUCAAGUGCGGAUUCCUGCUGCUGCUGCUGCUGCUGCUGCUGCAGGGGACGCAGCAGCAGCAGCAGCAGCAGCAGCAGCAGCAGCAACGGCGCCCGACGCAGCAGGCUUCGAAGCCUGCGACUUCUCAAACAUCAAGCAGCACCUCGACGCUCAAAAGGAAGCCAAGAAAAACAUGUCCAAGGAGGAAAAAGAAGCGCUGAAAGCUCAAAAAGAUGCAGAAGCUGCCCCUUUUGCUUUCGCCCUUGUGGACUGGCUGAGGGAAAAAGUCGGAAACUGCAGAGUCGAACCUCCGGGCCUUUUCAGGGGCCGCGGCGAACACCCCAAACAGGGCAUGCUCAAGCGAAGGAUAUUCCCUGAAGACGUGAUCCUGAACCUCGGCGAAGAAGCCCCCGUUCCUGUUGCAGCAGAUAUGCCAGGCCACUGUUGGCGAGAUUUGGCGCACGACAGCAAAGUGACUUGGCUGGCGUUUUACCGAGAUUCCAUCAAUGACCAGGUCAAGUACAUGUACCUCGCGGCGCAGUCGGGCUUCAAAGGCCAGCAGGACUUUUUGAAGUACGAAAAAGCGCGGCGGCUGAAAUUCUUCGUUUCGAAAAUUCGAAAAGAUUAUUUUGCAAAAAUGAAAAGUGAAGAUCUUUUGGAAAGACAACUCGGGACUGCCACUUAUUUGAUUGACUUCUUGGCGUUGAGAGUUGGAGGCGAGAAAGACACAGACGAGGAGGCGGACACUGUGGGCUGCUGCAGCUUGCGCGUGGAGCAUGCGAAGUUUAAUUUGGAGACAGAAGAAGUCACUCUCGACUUUUUGGGAAAAGACUCCAUUCGCUACUUCAACACUAGCACUUCUUUGAACAACCAUUUAAAACAACUCAUGCCGGGGCUAAGCGCGAAGAUGUUUAGAACUUAUAAUGCGAGCAUUACUCUGCAGCAAGAACUCCAAAAACUCCAGCCAACUCUGCGAAAAUUCAAGGAGGAGGUUGAGCGCGAGGGUUUGAAGAAGGCGGGGAAGGCGAAGGCAAAGAAGGCGAAGGAAGAGCCUGCUGCUGCUGCUGCUGCUGCAGCAACAGCAGCAGCAGCAGCAGCAGCAGCAGCAGCAACUGACGCAGAUGACUUGCCUCUUUCGAAAAUAAAAACAAAAGAUGAAAACCCUAAUGAAGAAAUCCUCGAUGUGGAUUUGUCAGAUGUCAACCAGCUCGUGCAGGCUGUGGCCAUUCUGUGCAACCACCAACGCUCUGUGCCGAAGCAGCACGCGGCCUCGAUGGCGCGGCUGCAGCACCAGUUGGAAAAAGAAUAUUUUUCUUUUUUAAACAGCAAACAAAACCACAAACCCUUCAAAUUCAAGUCCGAUUUCAAG